AACAUCUGUUCUUCAAAAACAUCUGAUGUCAAAUUAAUCAACUAGCAAAAUGAAGUUUAAAACUAUUUUGGAGUUGUUUCUGGUAAUUUUCAUUUUUGCUUUUGUUGCGGGAGUUGAAAGUAAAGCUACUGACGAACAUAUUUUGCAAAAGAGAUCGGAACCGAAUCUGAUUCAGUUGGCUGCUAAAAAUCAAUUUCAAGGAAUAACACAGGAUGUGGUUGAUAUUCUGCGAAGUAGCAUUCCAAGAUCGAUCGGUAUAAACAUCAACUGGGACGCAAUAGUCAAUCUCAUUCCACAUAUUCUUGCGGUUAUUUAUUACGCCUUUUCCUCGAAUUGGUGUUUAAUUUUAACUAAUUUAAUGGUGAUUGUAAGAACAAUUAGCAACUCUUGUGAUGCAUAAUGUUUCCGUUGGAAAAAUAAUAAUUGACGAUGUAAAAAUGUUUUGAAUAAAGUUUCAUUCUUUCAUUUGUGCAA